AUGUUUUUUUUUCUCUCUCUCUCUCUCUCUCUCUCUCUUUCAUUUCUUUCUCUCUGUUUUUUUCUGUCUAUUUUUUCUCUGUCUUCAUUUUUUAUUAUUCACUUUCUCCUCAUCUUUUAUUCAUUUUUAAUCCAACGUUCCGUCCUUUUAUUUUCUAUAUCUGAGAUGAGUUUCUCAAUCACUCCCUCCCACCCCUCUCUCUCUCUCUGUGAUUUAUUUCUCUCUUUUUCUCUAUGUUUUUUGGUUUCUUUUGCCCUUACUUUCUCUCUUUGCCAUUCUCUCUCCCAACCUUUCGCUACCUCUCCUUUCUCUCUCUCUCUAUCCAUUUCUUUUCCUCAACCUCUAUUUCUUUCUAUUCCCCCCUUUAUUUUCACACACACUCUCUCUCUGUUUCUCACACAUUCUUUCACUCUUUCUCUCUCUCUCUCUCUAUCUAUCUAUCUCAUUCUGCUUCUUUGUUUUCUAUCUAUCUAUCUCAUUCUGCUUCUAUCUAUCUAUCUAUCUAUCUAUCUAUCUAUCUAUCUAUCUAUCUAUCUAUCUAUCUAUCGUAUCCUUUUCAUAUCUAUCUAUCUAUCUAUCUAUCUAUCUCUAUCUAUCUAUCUAUCUCAGUCCUUUUCAUAUCUAUCUAUCUAUCUAUCUAUCUAUCUAUCUAUCUAUCUAUCUAUCUCUCUAUCUCUGUUUUUUCAUAUCUAUCUAUCUAUCUAUCUAUCUAUCUAUCUAUCUAUCUAUCUAUCUAUCUCAGUCCCUUUCAUAUCUAUCUAUCUAUCUAUCUAUCUAUCUAUCUAUCUAUCUAUCUAUCUAUCUAUCUAUCUAUCUCAGUCCUUUUCAUAUCUAUCUAUCUAUCUAUCUAUCUAUCUAUCUAUCUAUCUAUCUAUCUAUCUAUCGCAGUCCUUUUCAUAUCUAUCUAUCUAUCUAUCUAUCUAUCUAUCUAUCUAUCUAUCUAUCGCAGUCAUUUUCAUAUCUAUCUAUCUAUCUAUCUAUCUAUCUAUCUAUCUAUCUAUCUAUCUAUCUAUAUCUCAAUCCUAUUUAUAUCUAUCUAUCUAUCUAUCUAUCUAUCUAUCUAUCUAUCUAUCUAUCUAUCACAAUCCUUUUAGUAUCUAUCUAUCUAUCUAUCUAUCUAUCUAUCUAUCUAUCUAUCUAUCUAUCGCAGUCAUUUUUAUAUCUAUCUAUCUAUCUAUCUAUCUAUCUAUCUAUCUAUCGCAGUCCUUUUCAUAUCUAUCUAUCUAUCUAUCUAUCUAUCUAUCUAUCUAUCUAUCUAUCUAUCUCAAUCCUUUUAAUAUCUAUCUAUCUAUCUAUCUAUCUAUCUAUCUCAUUCUUUCUUAUUUCUUUUCUAUCUAUCUAUCUAUCUAUCUAUCUAUCUAUCUAUCUAUCUAUCUAUCUAUCUAUCUAUUUCAUUUUCACACGAACAUAGAUCCGCGAAUUAAUCUACCAAACCAAACUAAACCAAACCAAAUUAAACCAAACCAAACCAAACCAAACCAAACUAAACCAAACCAACCCAAAUCAUCGUUUUUUUUCUUUAUCUUAUUUUCCCUCUCACCUUUUUUUUCUCUCUUUUUCUUUUCUCUACCUUUUCUUUCUCUCUCUCUCUCUCUCUCUCUCUCUCUCUCUCUUUUACUCCCAUUUAUUCCACUCUCUUAUUCUUUCUUGCUUUCUUUUUUUUUUCUAAAUCUAUUAUUCGAUCUCUUUCACACAGUGUCACAGAUUAGCUUUUUUCCCUCUCACCUUUUUUUCUCUCCUUUUCUUUCUUUCUUUCUUUCUUUCUUUCUUUCUUUCUUUCUUUCUCCCAUUUAUUCCACUCUCUCAUUGUUUCUUCCUUUCUUUUUCUCUCACUCUAUGACUCGAUUUCUUUCACAGAGUGUCACAGAUUAG